GAUCAUCGAUAACCAGAGUGGGGGAGAGAAAGAAAAGAAAAACGAAAAAGAACACCAAUACGAUGAUGUACAGCAACAACAAUUCCACCUUGAAGAAUGCAAGAACUACUUUCCUCAAGAAAUCAGAUUCAAUGCAACUCCCAGCAUAUCAUCAACCCAUAGAAUCUGUCCCUAGAAGGUGUGCUUCGCUAAAGUUUCCGACCUCUCCUCAACUUGUCUUGGGGGAGGAGAUGCUCCAUUUUAGUCACCCACAACAUCCUCUUUCCCAUGUGAACUUACCAGACCUCUUCACCUGCGCCGGCUGUAAAGAGUACGGCGCAGGCAAGAGGUUCACUUGUCAACAAUGUGACUAUCAGGUUCAUGAUUUUUGUGCCUUGUCUCCUCCAGCUCUAAAAAGUCAUCCCUUCCAUUGCCAACACCAACUUGUUUUCUAUUCUAAACCAGUAAAAGGAGGGAUGGCGCAGUCGAAGUGUGAUGUUUGCAACAAGCCGAUCAAAGGGUUUGCUUUUAGAUGCGGUGCAUGUAGUUUUCAGAUGCAUCCCUGCUGCGCCAUGCUAUCUUCAGAAAUCACCUUGCCAUAUGUCCAUUCCCAUACCCUAAAACUCUUACCUGCAUCAAGUGGCAACGAUCCGAGUUUCGUUUGUGGUGAGUGCAGGAGGAAGAGGUCAGGCACAAGAGUGUACCACUGCACCGUCUGUGAUUACCAUCUUCAUGCGGUUUGCGCAAAGAAUAUGAUCAAUGGACUUCAUGAAAAUGGCAUCAAGAACAGAGAAAAGCCCAGCAUGUUGGGAACUGCAGCACGCCUGGCAUCUCAGGUGGUCAUCGAGUUCAUCGGGGGAUUGAUUGAGGGGCUUGGAGAAGGUGUUGCAGAAGUGUUUGUCCAAAAUGUCACCAGGUCAGGAAGGGGCAACGGUAGACGAAGAAGCAGAAGAACUACUAGAUAGUGUUUCCUCAUCAUGCACAUGCAGAUAUUGAUAACGCCUGGACUUUGGGAGUGGGAUUAUAUAAAUUACUACCUACGAGUAUAAAUACAUAGGUAUAUACAGUUUCCUUUUCUUUUCUCUUUCUUGGAUUUCUUGUGGGAACAUUAUUGUAAUGUAAACAGCUGAUGAUUGGAUUGGAGUGCCUACUAUUUGUUUCAUGUAUGUAUGUUACAACUUCCUACUUUAUAUAAGUAUUUGCU